GGGUAGUAUAGAACCACUUCUUGAAAUCCGCAAUAACCAAAGCACUUUGACUAAACUAUAAAUAAAAAGAGAAUUCUGUAAACAAAAGGCAGCAAAACAAGAGAGCGAAGAAAUGUUGAAGGAAGCUAUGAAUAUCAUCAUGGUGCUAGUUUUCUUAGGGAUUACGCAAUUCACAAAUGCUGAUGAAACCUUUGACGUCCGUAAACACCUUUCCACUGUAUCCAGGUAUGCUGAUUCCAAGGACAUAUCGGUGAAUUCUUUCGUAUCUUCCGAAAUUCCAGAUCAAUGUACACCCAUUCAUUUGAAUCUAGUGGCAAGGCAUGGCACUCGUGCACCAACGAAGAGGAAAAUUAGAGAAUUAGAAGCUUUGGCUGCUCAUUUGGAAGUCCUUGUACGUGAUGCAAAAGAACAGAAGCAGUCUUCGGAGAAAAUUCCCGUUUGGUUAGCUGGAUGGAGGUCUCCUUGGAAAGGAAAACUUACAGGUGGAGAGUUGAUCAGUGAAGGAGAAGAUGAAUUAUAUCAUCUCGGAAUCAGAGUCAGAGAAAGAUUUCCAGACCUUUUCAGUGAGGAAUACCACCCAGAUGUAUAUUCAAUCAAGACUACCCAGGUUCCUCGGGCAUCAGCUAGCUCAGUGGCAUUUGGGAUGGGUCUAUUUAAUGAAAGAGGGAAGCUUGGACCAGGAAGACAUCGAGCUUUUGCUGUUACCAGUGAAAGCCGUGCAAGUGACAUAGUUUUGAGAUUUCAUGAUUGUUGUCAAAGCUACAAGGCUUUCAGAAAAAGUCAGGAGCCAAAUGUGGACAACCUCAAAGAACCGGUAUUGAAUGAAAUUACUCGUGAUUUAGUCAGGCAAUAUGGGCUUAAUUUUACAAAACAAGAUGUAUCUUCAUUAUGGUUUCUCUGCAAACAGGAAGCAUCCUUGUUGAACAUCACCAAUCAAGCUUGUAGUCUGUUCAGCCCAUCUGAGGUUUCUUUGUUGGAGUGGGCUGAUGAUUUGGAGUUGUUCAUUCUGAAAGGCUACGGUGAUUCACUAAAUUAUCGAAUGGGAGUGCCACUACUUGAGGAUGUUAUUCAAUCAAUGGAACAAGCAAUUAAGGCAAAAGAAGAAGGAUAUGCUCCAGGUAGCUAUGAAAAAGCAAGAAUGCGUUUUGCUCAUGCAGAAACUCUCCUUCCCUUUUCAUGCUUAAUCGGGCUCUUUCUUGAAGAAUCUGAGUUUGAACUGAUACAAAGAGAGAAAAGCUUGGAACUCCCUCCUAAGCCUCCUAAAAAUAGAAACUGGCGGGGAAGUAUCGUGGCUCCUUUUGCUGGAAAUAACAUGUUAAUCCUUUACAGCUGCCAAUCGGACAACUCAAGCAAGUACUUUGUGCAAGUGCUACAUAAUGAACGCCCCAUUGCAUUGCCAGGUUGUAAUGGUUCAAGUUUUUGUCCACUCGAAGUACUUAAGGAAAGAAUAGCUGCUCCUCACUUGAAACACGACUACAAAAUGCUUUGCAACAUAAAGGAACAGGCACAGAAUUCUGCUUCCAGAGAAGAGCUAUAUCUUGCUAGCAAAUUAACAGAGAACGCUAUGCCAGGUCUUAUAACAUUAGCAAGAUGCAUAAUUGCACCAAUGGCACUAAGAUGUGGUACAUGUGGUACUUCAGGACCAAGAAGCUCUUCAUUUUCUUCUUGAGGUCGGAACAGAUCUUUACUCACUUCAAGUGAGCGAACAACCAUUGGAGUACUUAACGGAUGCACAUUGUCCAUGAAAAAUCGUUUUAAAACUUUUUCGGUAUAAACAGAUUGAUGGAUAAAGAUCCCGUCUGCUAAAUGUUUACUUGCAAAUCAAGACAAAGUUUUGUUUUUGCGAGAUCUUUCAUCUCAAUUUCUUUCUUUAAAUACUCAAUUGCCUUUUGGAGCUCUUCUGGAGUUCCAAUUAGGUUUAUGUCAUCAACAUAAACAACAAGUAUAACGAACCCUGAUUUUGUUUUCUUAAUAAAAACACAUGGACAAAUGGCAUCAUUUAUA